AUAAUUUUAAUUGACAUGUCUCUCCACACUCAGGUAGUGACAGGAUUAAUUUCCAAUAGACAGUAUUUUAUAGCUGAACCAUGAUCAUAAAUAGUAUCCUUGUAAGGUAUUUACAAAAUAUGAGUUGAUGUUCUGACCUUUGUCUUCUCUUUAGAUAAUGGACCAAAGGAACUCACUUGAGCCUUCAGACAGCCAGUCACAGUCCACCGUCCCACUGUCUCCUAUUCAUGUUCCUCCCACACUGAGAGAUGGUGAGUGUUACCAUGUCUUCAUUAGCUACAGCAGCACUGAUCACCAGUGGACUCACUGCAUCAUCAACCAGCUGGAGUCCUUUGGCCUGCAGGUCUGCUACCAUGAUCGUGACUUCAUUCCCGGGCGCACCGUGUUGGAGAACAUGUCCGAGUGCAUCCAGGAGAGCCAGAAGGUGCUGCUGGUUCUCAGCCCGGAGUUUGUGAGGAGCCGCUGGUGUCUCCUGGAGGCCAACAUGUCUCUGUUCAGAGACUGUCUGGAGAGGAAACCCAUCGUCCCAGUGCUGCUGCAGCCAGGAGUCUCAGUUCCUCCUCACCUCUGCCACCUCACCUACCUGGAAGCCAACGACCCUGAAUUUAUGAAUAAGCUGCUGAAGGUGCUCUGCACCCCCAACCAGCAGCUUCAAGGGUCCACUGUGGUGCCCUUCCAGGCUCCCUCUAUCUACAACGGGAAAGCCCUGCAGCCUUUGACUGCUGUCAAUGAUAAGGGACUCAAUAGAUGGGACUGUGGUCAGUUCAGUGACAUGGAUGUGCCAGACCAACUGCGCCUGAUCAUUGAGGACCAGGAGAAGUACAGAGAGGCUGUGAGGAUGAUCAACACUGUCUCUCAAAAAGUGUGGCUGCGUCCACUCUGGCUUCGAACACUGGCUGGCCUUUGUUUCGGAUUGUUUCUUACAGUCUUGAUAAUGGGUUCUAUAGUUCUGCUAAUUGUUUUUUCUGGACUAUUGGUGAUCAGUACUCCUUGUUUCUGGUGUGUUAUAAUUGGGUUUUUUAUUCAGUUUGGUCUCUGGCAGAGAGAUGAUGAGAAGUACAUUAUGAGGGAGAUGCAGAAAGCUGUAGGUCAGGCAAACAUAAUCCUUUCUGUGGAGAAGGCGUUAAUGGGCUGCAUGUCCAAUUCCAAACUCUAUCUGGACUAUCUAACUCUGGAU